CCGCCAUAUAUUCGCUAUCAAGUGUACAAACAUGAACACUCUAAAGCGCAAUCGCCCCAGUCUCCAAGUGGUGUUCAUAGAUUACGAGUAAUUUUACGGAUAUUUGGUCCUAAAUUGUAAUCAUUAUAAUACUAGACAAGUUUACAAAACAAUGCGAUUCGGGUUCUUCUUGGGUGCCAGCCUCGAGAAAAUCACGCGAACUUUGCCCUUGAUUCUACUUCUGCGUCAACCUGACUUUUCAGUAUCGUGCUCGAACAAGCAAGCCUAUUGUGAUCGUGAUAAAGGAUCUGAAGAAAAUUGCUGGAAAACUCAUUCUCAGGUAGCCGAAUAUUCAACUGCUGGAGAAAUGGCUGCACCCAAAGGUCUUUUGCUUUACUACAACGAGUACUCUUUCUAUUCUCAAAAGGUUGUUCUGGCUUUGCACGAAAAAAAGCUGCCCUUUGAGACGCACGACAUAGAUCUGAACGGAGAACAAUACAAGCCUUGGUUUCUGCAAAUAAACCCGAGAGGUGAAGUUCCAGUGCUCCAAGACAGUGGCAAAAUUAUUCCAGACUCUGCACGCAUCAUAGACUAUUUGGAGGACAAUUUCAGUAACGGACAUAGUCCCAGGCUGAUCCCUAUGGACCAGGGAGGCGAGGUGCGGCAGAAAAUAACGUAUUUCCGGGGUAUCAUCGACAAAAUUAAUGGCAACGUGCUUACCAUCGGAAGCUUACUGCACCCCGAAUUGGCCACCGGGUCUAAGAAAGUGCCUUUUAUUGGGCCUGUUAGAAAACAACUAGUAAAUGCGGACAAAGAUAGUGCGAAAAACUUACGCAAAUACGCUGAAGACAAUCCUGGAGCUCGAGAAAUGCUUCUAGAAAAGGCGGAAAACCAAGAGAAGAAACAUGAAAAGAUGCUGAACAAGGAGGAAUUUGUAGCGAUACUCAAAGAAGCUGAUAAAUUGUUUGAUGAAGUUGAGGCGCAGCUGGCUCAGCAUGCAGAUAAGACGAAUUGGUGGUUGUGCACCGACGAAUUUACUGUGGCGGAUGUGUCGUUGACUAUUCUGCUGGUGCGAGUCAAUCAAAUCGGAAUGGAGCCCUAUUUCUGGACUAAUGGAAAGCGACCUCACGUCGAGCAAUACUUCAUGCGAGUUCAGGAGCGCGAUUCAUACAAGAAAACGAUUCCCACCGCUUUCUCCCUGGUCAAGACCGUUUUCAAAACGCAGAUGCCUUUGAUUAUAGGGGUUAGUAUUGCUGUUGCCAUUGCGUUAAUAGUCGGAGGGUGGUUUAUUGUUAAGAAAAUUAUCCACAAAUAAAGUGUGAACGCGGAAAGGAAUAUCUUAGUAAUUAAGGCAAAAUCACAAGUGUGGUUGCUUGAUAGCUUGAAAGGUUAACUGAUACAUUUCUAAUUAUAUUUGUUGAGUUUUUCGUUUCUGAUGAGCAAAAUGAGACAAUGCGAUACCCAGAGUUAUUCGUAAAUCCAGAAACCAGUCAGAUUUCACGGCAACAAUUAUUUAAGACAGACGGCGUUUCUCCUGGUUUUGCGCUUCCUUAUUUUUUAUUCGCACAAGGAUUUUAAGUAAAGCAAUUGCAUACCCGUCAAUUUCGGUUGAUUUGGUAAUUGUUUUUCUAGUAUCCCGAUUAUUAAACCGCUUCCAGACUGUAACAAUACAAAAUUUUACUUAUAAUAUGUGUUAGUUAACCAUUACUAACCAAACUCUUAAUGCUGAUCGAUAGUAAUGUGAUAGGCAUGUAUUACGUAUUACGUAAACUAUAAUAACAGCCAUGACAAGAAAUAUACAUACAUAUGUCUGUAUUUAUUGUAUAUAAAUGUUCAGACUAAAAGUAA